AUGCCACCAAAGAAGAAGGUCGACGGUGACGGUGCCGACACUGGCGGCGACGGUGCAUUCCGCUGGACCCCCGAGAACGAACUCACACUCCUCCUCCUGACCAUGGGUCGCGCCCCCACCAAAGACGACUACAUCAAGCUCGUUGACGCUCUGCCGCCCGGAACCAACUGGAACGCAAUCCGCCAGCGUUUCAGCAAGUUGCGCAAGGACCAACAGAAGCGGUUCGAAGAGCUGGGCUGGGAUAUGCCUGAUGGUGUUGCGGCGGCUAAGACUCCGAAGACUACUACACCGAAGAAGAGGGCUGCUGGUGGUGCGGAGAAGGGUGAGGAGCUUGGUGGUGAUGAGGGAGAGACUGAGACCCCGACUAAGAAGCCGCGUGCGAGGAACGGCAAGAAGGAGGUUGUUAAGAAGGAGGUCGAGGCGGAUGAUAUGCUCGGUGAUGAUGCGGCUGUCAAGGAGGAGCUGCUUGGAGAGGAUGUUUAG